UGCCGGUGCACCUGGGCGCACCUGUAUUCGUGUGGUCGGUUACUGUAGGCCUAAACGCUGACAGAUUGAACGCUUUAGCCUAGUCUACUUUAUCCCACUUUUUAAACAAGUUUAUGUUAGGGUAGGGUCGGCUACUGCGUUUUUAGAUCGGUAUUUGGUUAAGAAACACUUUCACAAUUUAUGGAAUCUAUCUCCACAUGAGAACGAGAACCAGGCUAUGCGCGUCAUCUGUAGAAUGGAUGGUGGUUAAAUCUGUCACUGCAGACGGAUGGUUUGAAUAAGGAAAAGGAGAGAAAAACGAAAGUUGUUCCAGACCGCAUCCCUCUGCAACAAUGGAAAUAGAUGGUAUGGUUGCAAACAGCGCACUCCUCCGUGCCAGGGAAGGUGGAGGAGGAAAAGGCAGGAGUCGGAAAUGGAAAAAGAUGCUGCGCUUCCCUCACAUCAGCCAGUGUAUGGAGCUGGGCAACACCAUCGCGAGAGACUACUCCAGUCUGUGUGUGAAGCAGCCUAUUGGCAGACAACUAUUCUGUCUCUUCUGUCAGAGCAAACCUGAGCUACGGCACUGCAACUCCCUACUGGACAAAAUGGGGGAGUAUGAGGUGCAAUCAGAUGAAGAUAGGAAGAGUUUUGGAAUGCAAAUCAUUAACAGGUUCCUCAGUAGACAGUCAUCUGAGUGUGUACAGGUUGUGGAGAGCUAUGGUAAGAGGUGCAGAGAGAGUCUGGAGGUGUGGCACGGUAGAGACAUCUUCAUUGACUGCACAGAUGACCUCCAUGAGUACCUGAGCGGUGACCCCUUCCUUCAGUACCUGCAGAGCAUGUACUUUGAGCGUUUUCUGCAGUGGAAGAUGGUAGAGAGACAGCCCGUUACCAAACACACCUUCAGACAGUACAGGAUGCUGGGCAAGGGAGGCUUCGGGGAGGUGUGGGCAUGCCAGGUGCGAGCCUCUGGGAAGAUGUAUGCGUGUAAGAAGCUGGAGAAGACUCACAUGAAGAAGAGGAGAGGAGAGGCCAUGGCCCUCAACGAGAAACAGAUACUGGAAAAGCUCAACAGCAGAUUUGUGGUGAGUCUGGCAUAUGCGUAUGAGACCAAACAAUCUCUUUGUCUGGUGCUAAGCAUAAUGAACGGAGGAGACCUGCGGUUCCACAUCUAUAACAUUGGUCCUCCAGGCCUGGAGCCGGCCAGGGUCCAGUUCUACGCUGCUGAGGUCUGCUGUGGUCUCCACCACCUCCACCAGAGGAACAUUGUCUACAGGGAUCUAAAACCGGAGAACAUACUUCUGGAUGACAAUGGGCACAUCCGUAUCUCAGACCUGGGCCUGGCGGUGAAGCUAUCUGAAGGGAAUCUGGUACGAGGCAGGGUGGGGACCCUGGGGUACAUGGCUCCAGAGGUGAUUGGCCAUGAGUACUACGGGAUAAGCCCUGAUUGGUGGGGCCUGGGCUGCCUUGUGUACGAGAUGACGGCCGGACGAUCCCCGUUCAAGAGACAAGGAGAGCAAUUGACGGAAAAGGAGAUGGAGAGAAGGAUACAGGAGACGGAAGAGAAGUACAGGAAGACAUUUAGCAGCGAGACAGAAGACUUCUGCCGCUCUCUGUUGACCAAAGACCCGAGACAGAGGUUGGGGUGUCGAAGGUGUGGGGUGGAAGGGGUCAAGUCCCAUCCCUUCUUCAGCACCGUCAACUUCAGGAGGCUGGAGGCCGGAGUCAUUGAGCCACCCUUCAAACCAAAUCCCAGGGCGGUGUACUGCAAGGAUGUUCAGGACAUUGAUGAGUUCUCCACAGUAAAAGGAGUCAUUUUGGAGAGGACAGACGACGACUUCUACACUAAGUUUAACACAGGCUGCGUGGCCAUACCCUGGCAGACAGAGAUGAUAGAGAUGGGUUGUUUCAAGGAGCUGAAUGUGUUUGGCCCUCAGGGUUCUAGACCCCCUGACCUGGACUGGGACCAGAAUCCUGCCCCACAGAAACCUAAACGUAGCCUGCUGGACCGCAUCUUCCACAAGACACACACCCGUUGAUGGAUGGGCUUCCUCUGCAACUUUUGUUGUAAAUGAGAAUAUAGAGUAGAGUAAAAUGAAUAUAUAUUAAUGAUUUGUUGGUGUUGAUGAUCAACCAGUUAGUACGGUAGGCCUUUUUUUUUUUUAAACCUUUAUUUAACUAGGCAAGUCAGUUAAGAACAAAUUCUUAUUUUCAAUGAUGGCCUAGGAACAGUGGGUUAACUGCCUUGUUCAGGGGCAGAACGACAGAUUUGUACCUUGUCACCUCGGGGAUUUGAACUUGCAACCUUUCGGUUACUAGCCCAACGCUCUAACCACUAAGCUACCCUGCCGCUUUCUGCAAAUCAACAACCCAAACACAGCCAAAGAAGAACAAGAAUCUGUGGCAAUAUUUUGUCACUUUCUCUCCGGCAUUUACAGAACGGCAUUCACAGAACGCACACUUUUAAGAUGAAGGGAUAAGACGGCUUUAUAUAAGAGAUGUCUUAAAGAUGUCUCUGUCACACACUCGGGCCAUACUGUCUAUCAUUCACCAGCACAGGCCAAAGGGACCAUCCCCAUUCUAUCAUACUGAGGAGACGCGGUCUUAUUCCUGUAAAACACUCAUUUAGAAUGAGAACAAUCAAAGGGAACCCUAAGACAGUGUUUUGAUUUUGUACCUACCUGUGUUUUGUAUGUAACCUCAGAAUAAAGAGCCUGAAAACAAA